AUAUAUCCAUUGCGACACACACAUCUCAGCGUGCGAGUGUGUGUGAGAGAAACCCCGAAUUUCACAGAGAAGAGCGCCACCACUCCUCCAUAGCCACUGCCAUAGCCAUAGCCCAUAGGCCGUAGCGCUCUCUCUCUCUCUCUCUCUCCCUCUCACUCUCUUUUCCAUCAUUUCUAUCAGAUAAACCCUAAUUCUCUCUUCCUGCAGCCUGCGAAUCAGUCAUGGAUUCCGAGUCAACUCAGUACCAACAAGCCCAGCUGGCGGCCAUACUGGGAGCCGACCCGGCACCAUUCGAAACCCUAAUCUCCCACCUCAUGUCAACCUCCAACGAGCAAAGAUCCCAAGCUGAGUCAAUCUUCAACCUCAUCAAGCAGAACGAUCCUAACUCACUUGCUCUCAAACUCGCCAAUCUUCUCACUUCCUCUCCACACAUCGAGCCCCGUGCUAUGUCCGCUAUCCUCCUUCGUAAACUGCUAACUCGUGACGACUCCUUCAUCUGGCCCAAACUCACCGAGUCUACUCGGUCCGGUAUUAAGUCUGUCCUCCUCACAUGUAUCCAGCGCGAAGAAUCCAAAUCGAUUAUCAAGAAAUUGUGCGACACCGUUUCCGAGCUCGCUUCGUCCAUCCUGCCGGAAAAUCAAUGGCCUGAAAUGCUGCCAUUCAUGUUUCAGUGUGUUACCAGCGAUUCACCAAAGUUACAGGAGUCUGCAUUUCUGAUAUUUGCUCAAUUAGCACAAUAUAUCGGUGAAAUUUUGGUUCCAUAUAUAAAGGAUUUGCAUUCGGUGUUCCUGCAGACACUGAAUAAUUCCCCGAAUCCGGAUGUGAGGAUUGCCGCAUUAAGUGCUGUCAUCAAUUUCAUACAGUGUUUAUCCAGCUCAAGCGAGAGGGAUAGGUUUCAGGAUCUGUUGCCUGCUAUGAUGAAAACGUUGACCGAGGCCUUGAACAGUGGUCAAGAGGCUACAGCACAAGAAGCAUUGGAGUUGUUGAUUGAAUUAGCAGGGACCGAGCCUAGGUUCUUGAGGAGACAGCUCGUGGAUGUCGUAGGGGCUAUGUUGCAGGUAGCUGAGGCGGAGAGCCUAGAGGAGGGGACAAGGCAUUUGGCAAUUGAAUUUGUGAUUACCUUGGCUGAGGCAAGGGAACGUGCUCCAGGAAUGAUGAGGAAAUUGCCGCAGUUUAUUAGUAGGUUGUUUGCUAUUUUGAUGAAGAUGUUAUUAGAUGUUGAGGAUGAAGCUGUUUGGCAUAGUGCUGAAGCUGAGCAUGAGGAUGCAGGGGAAACGAGUAACUAUAGUGUGGGGCAGGAGUGUUUGGAUAGGUUAGCUAUUGCAUUGGGCGGUAACACUAUUGUUCCUGUUGCUUCAGAACAGUUACCUUCUUACUUGGCUGCACCCGAGUGGCAGAAGCACCAUGCUGCUCUCAUUGCCCUUGCUCAGAUUGCUGAAGGUUGUUCUAAGGUGAUGAUUAAGAAUUUGGAGCAAGUGGUCAACAUGGUUCUCAAUUCUUUCCAGGAUCCUCAUCCUCGAGUGAGGUGGGCAGCUAUUAAUGCAAUUGGCCAGUUGUCAACUGACUUGGGUCCAGAUUUGCAAGUUCAGUAUCAUAACCGUGUAUUGCCAGCACUAGCGGCAGCUAUGGAUGAUUUCCAAAAUCCACGAGUACAGGCACAUGCUGCAUCAGCUGUCCUCAACUUCAGUGAGAACUGCACGCCAGAAAUUCUGACACCUUAUCUAGAUGGAAUAGUUAGCAAACUUCUUGUACUUCUGCAGAAUGGCAAUCAAAUGGUGCAAGAGGGAGCAUUAACUGCUUUGGCUUCCGUAGCUGAUUCAUCCCAGGAGCACUUCCAGAAGUACUAUGAUGCUGUAAUGCCGUAUUUGAAAACUAUCCUUGUAAAUGCAACUGAUAAAUCUAAUCGCAUGCUUCGAGCCAAAGCCAUGGAGUGCAUAAGUCUGGUAGGGAUGGCUGUAGGCAAAGAUAAAUUCAGAGAUGACGCAAAGCAGGUUAUGGAAGUGCUUAUGUCAUUGCAAGGAUCACAAAUGGAGACAGAUGACCCUACUACUAGUUACAUGCUACAGGCUUGGGCCAGACUUUGCAAGUGCUUGGGACAGGAUUUCCUUCCAUACAUGAGUGUAGUCAUGCCUCCUUUGCUUCAAUCUGCUCAACUAAAGCCUGAUGUGACCAUAUCAUCUGCAGAUUCAGACAAUGAACUUGAUGAUUCAGAUGACGAUAGCAUGGAGACCAUAACUCUUGGGGAUAAAAGGAUAGGCAUCAAAACAAGUGUCCUAGAGGAGAAGGCUACAGCUUGUAAUAUGCUAUGCUGCUAUGCUGAUGAGCUAAAGGAAGGUUUCUACCCGUGGAUUGACCAGGUCGCUCCUACAUUAGUUCCGCUUCUGAAAUUCUAUUUCCAUGAGGAAGUCAGGAAAGCUGCAGUUUCAGCUAUGCCGGAGCUGUUACGGUCUGCUAAACUGGCUGUAGAGAAAGGGAUUGCUCAGGGCCGAAAUGAGUCCUACGUCAAGCAGUUAGCCGACUACAUAGUCCCAGCUUUGGUGGAGGCUUUGCAUAAGGAGCCUGAUACCGAAAUAUGUGCAAGUAUGUUGGAUGCAUUGAAUGAGUGUCUACAGAUAUCUGGACCACUCUUGGAUGAAGGGCAGGUCCGAAGCAUUGUGGAUGAGAUAAAGCAGGUCAUCACAGCCAGUUCAAGUCGAAAGAGAGAACGGGCAGAGAGAGCAAAAGCUGAAGACUUUGAUGCUGAGGAGAGUGAAUUGCUCAGGGAGGAAAAUGAGCAAGAAGAAGAAGUAUUUGACCAAGUUGGUGAAAUAUUGGGUACACUGAUCAAAACAUUCAAGGCAGCUUUCUUGCCUUUCUUUGAUGAGCUCACAUCAUAUCUAAUGCCUAUGUGGGGCAAGGAUAAAACAGCUGAAGAACGGAGAAUAGCAAUUUGUAUCUUUGAUGAUGUUGCAGAGCAGUGCCAUGAAGCAGCUUUAAAGUAUUAUGACACAUAUCUUCCUUUCCUUUUGGAAGCAUGCAAUGAUGAGAGCCCGGAUGUCAGACAGGCUGCUGUAUAUGGACUUGGUGUAUGUGCAGAAUAUGGUGGCUCUGUUUUCAAGUCUUUAGUAGGAGAGGCUCUGUCAAGGCUCAAUGUUGUUUUAAGGCAUCCAAAUGCUCUACAUCCUGAGAAUGUAAUGGCAUAUGACAAUGCUGUUUCAGCAUUAGGGAAGAUAUGUAAUUUUCAUCGUGACAGUAUCGACUCGGCCCAGGUUAUUCCGGCUUGGUUGAAUUCCCUGCCGAUAAAAGGUGACCUGAUCGAAGCCAAGGUUGUUCACGACCAACUUUGUUCAAUGGUCGAAAGGUCAGACAGAGAGCUUCUGGGUGCCAACAACGAGUACCUCCCAAAAAUUGUUUCAGUUUUUGCUGAGGUUCUAUGUGCCGGUAAGGAUCUGGCGACAGAGCAGACUGGUAGUAGGAUGAUUACUCUGUUGAGGCAGCUUCAGCAAACACUACCACCAGCCACCCUGGCUUCAAUAUGGUCAUCCUUGCAGCCUCAACAGCAGGUAGCACUGCAAUCAAUGCUAUCGUCGUAAUGCUGUGGAAGCUAACAAGCUUUUCUCCAAUACGAUGAAGCUGCCGGACCUGUAGCUACGUGUGAAUCAAAUAUUUGAUACUCCAUUCUUUCUCAUUAAUGUCAUUCAUUUGGGCUUGAGUCUAUGUGCCGACUUGCUGUUGGUUUGGCAAAGUAUGCGAGCAAGGUCGGAAACCUUUAUAUUUUGUCUGUAGAAUGUGUAUAUUAAAAGUUUUGCGGUUGAGUCUUGCUUCAGUAAGGAUAGGAGCAUUAAUGAACAUGGUUUGCGAGAGGUUUUAUUGGUCAAAUGUGUAAGUUCAAGGGCUGUCAGGGAGACUGCACUUGUCACAGUUUUGGUUCAGUCAUCUUGUUUUCAUUAUACAUUUUGAUAUUAUGAAAGAGUACAUUAUAAAUGGUGAUUCAUUUGUUGCUUUGGUUGUGAUUA